AUGGCAGUAUACAUCGAUGAUAUGGUGGUCAAAGCCAUGGAAAAGCACUCCUAUCUAGCCAAUUUGUCAGAGACAUUCGGCAUUCUUCGAAAGUAUAAGAUGAAAUUGAAUGCUUCUAAGUGUGCAUUCAAUAUCGGAUCCGACAAAUUCCAUGGCUACAUUGUUAACCACCGUGGAAUCGAAGCUAAUCCAGGGCAGAUCAUGGCAAUUCUAGAGCUUGGAUCCCCUCGGUCAGUCAAAGAGGUGCUUGCCGACUUUGUAGCCGAGUUCACAGGAUCCCUGGCCAACUUUAAGUUUGGUCAAGUGCAAACUAAGCCCGACUGGAGAAUGUAUCUUGGCGACAUUUGGCAGAUGUAUUGCGAUGGGUCAUCCAACCAGCGUGGCAGUGGGGCUGGCGUAGUAAUUAUGACCCCUGAUGGGGCAAUAAGCGAACAGUCCAUCAAAUUGGGAUUCGACGCAUCAAACAAUGAGGCCGAAUAUGAAGCACUAUUAACCGGCCUAUGA